AUGACACAACCCAAACCCAUCCUGCCACUUCUGAGAUGUAAAACAACCUUGAAGUCAGCACUGGAGGAAGAGGAUGAUAUUCUCCUCGAGCUAGGAUACCCGGAACAACGUAUUGAUUUCGUUCGCGGUGGCAUCGAAAAAAUCGCAUCAUAUCACCUUGGGCUCAGCGCUUCAGAAACUUGUCAGGUUGGAAGUUUCACAGAAUGGGUCCAUGGCAGCUUCAACGUUUGCAUUCCGCUUUAUGUUACCAAACAAGGCCAGCAGUAUCCGGAAAAGCGAGCCCUUAUCAGGUUCCCUCUGCCAUACAAACUGGGGGAAUCUAGGAACCCUGGCAAUGUCGACGAGAAACUUCGUUCAGAAGCUGCAGCUUUCAUCUGGAUGCGUGAGAAUUGUCCUGAAGUACCGAUUCCUCAGUUGUGGGGGUUUGGCCUUGUUGGAGGUGAAUGCUUUACGAAACCUCAGAAUGUCUCCCUUAGAACCAGACUUCUGUGA